AUGGUGGAUUUACCGAGCACCGAGGCCUUUCCGCGGUUUCCGGAAUUCCCGGCAGAGAUCCGACUCAUGAUUUGGCGUGAAUGUCUGCCACGUCGAGUCUACGAACUGGACGAGGAUGAAUUCUACGAAAGAGGCGAAUGGGCCCUUCCACUUAUUUGUGGAAACCGCAUGACCACACAGAUGAACAUCAGGCCACCUGCCAUUUCCCGUGUAUGUCGGGAGUCUCGCAACGUUGCUAUGGAGAGCCGCAUCCCGCUCCCGCAUGAUGAGAUGAUCGAGGAAGCUUAUUGGGAAUCGGAGACGAUGGUAUUCGGUCGACUGGACCCAUCACGGGAUACUGUGCAUCUCAACUGGCUCUAUUGGGAUGUCAUUUACGAAUGUGAGGGAAAUCCUGUUGAGUAUCUUGCUUGGCAUGCGAUACACUCCGCGCAGGGUGGCUCUUUAAUGAUAAACGAUAUUCGUGGAUACGACCUAAAGCUCCUCGAAUCGAUACCUAACCUGUUAGUCGUUAUGAGAAAGAUUAUCAUACACGCCAGCGCUGAGUACGGGUUGAGAUCGGGUCUAUUUGGACUCGCGGGCGAUGCGCCAGUUCAACUUGUUGAUAUCUCAGAUCAAAAGAGACUCGAUGAAUUCUUUGCUCUAGCGGAGGAAACGCAGGGAAAGGGCCAUGUUACCGCUGCUCAGGACUUGCAGAGGAAGUCUUGUGAAGAGUUUGAAGAGACAUUCACUGCCGAGAUUGAUCGGAGCUUGAAACGGAAGUUGCGGACACCGGAACAGAGACUACCACGCAUGCGUGGUGCGAUAAUGUUUCGACUGUGCACUGAUAUGUGCAAUAAUUCGGAGGAGGCAGAAGAGGGCUUUCGUCCAAGAGCCGGACCUACUCGGAUUUCACGGCCAAAUCCAAUUCGAGGGCGAGGGCGAGGGCGAGGACGAGGAGGACGGGGUUCGGCGCUGCAAGCAGCUGGUGAAGAACAUUUGUCACGCCAACCGAAGGCACCAAUUCGGAUGAGAGGUCGUCUAAGAAACAAGGUCAUUGCUUAG